AUGGUUUGUCUAUUACUUACUUCUGUGAUAGCUGCGUUGAUAGCUUUCGGCUGUUUUCAAAUUUAUUUAAGUGUUUCAACAAUACCUGAGCUUCCCACAUUCGAUCUUAAUGUAUGGUGGGGACCCAACACUACUAAAGAUCGAGACACAUCGAUAAGGCCAUUCAGAGUCAUAUAUUCCGACGGUAUGUUAGAACAACAACGCCGUUUGUUCGAAAUCCACCGUAGGCGUAACCGAAGGAAAAGCUUGACUGAAUCAUCGAGGUACGGAGUGCACCACGACAUCUUCGGGCAGUUCUUCGCUCAUUGGCAAUUCAAAUACCCUUUCAGGGAUCGUGUGAGGUACUUGAACAAGUUCAAUCAUUUCAAGACAAAUAUCCAAGGAUUGGACAUCCAUUAUGUCCACGUGAAACCGAAAGUAGAUGAAAAAGUAAAGGUUCUUCCAAUACUUCUUCUUCAUGGUUGGCCGAGUACUUUUAGGGAUUUUUUUGACGUGAUACCAAUUUUAACAACACCAAGACCUGAAUAUGACUUCGUUUUCGAAGUUAUAGUCCCGAGUCUGCCCGGAUUCAUUUAUUCUCAGGCGACAUCAAAACGCGGCAUGUCCCCGUAUCAAAUGGCUAUAAUAAUGAGAAAUCUGAUGCGGAGGAUCGGCCACAGCAAGUACUACGUACAAGGCGGUGACUUCGGCCACACUAUUGGCUCGCAUAUGGCAACAAUAUUCUCCGAUGAAGUGCUUGGCUUCCAUAGCAACUUUCCGGUGGUCUUUUCGAAGUUCGCACAUUUGGUUUGGCUCCUUGGUUCAAUUUGGCCACAGAUGAUUGAUGGGGAGAAUUUCAAUAAAAUGUAUCCGCUGGGCGAGAAACUGAGCGACUUAAUAGAGGAGUCUGGAUACAUGCAUUUGCAAAUGACUAAGCCAGACACUAUAGGAUACGUCUUACAAGACUCACCAGUAGGAAUGGCCGCUUAUAUGCUGGACAGGUACUUGAUAUUCACGAACUCAUCGAAUAAAGAUACAGCAGACGCAGGUUUAGAAACGAUACCGAUGACUGAUAUGCUCGACAACGUCAUGCUGUACUGGGCCACUGGUAGCAUGAUGACUGCGUUAAGACUGUACAAGGCUUGCAUCGAGAAUUGGGAAAUUGAGCAGAAACUGGAAAAUGUACCAACAUCAGUGCCAACUUGGGGUCUCAGAAUGAAAUACGAGUUAAUGCAUCAGCCUGAUUGGAUUCUAAAAUGGAAAUAUCCGCAACUACUCGGCUCAACUACUCUCGAAGUUGGAGGACAUUUCGCUGCUCUGGAAAGACCUAAGGAAUUGGCUGAAGACAUAUUUAAAGCUGUGAAUAGGUUUUCGCAAUAUUAUAGAACAAAA